CCGGCAGCAGCUUAGACUUGUUACGGUUACAGCACGGUAACGACCGGACCGGGGCUGAUCUACCGACCUCGUCUGUAGAGAAAGAUGGCGGAUGUGGAACUGGUGAAGAAAAUGCUUCGGGCCAUCCUCCAGGCCAAUAAAGGCGGCGUGUCCUUGUCCCGUUUGAAAUCAGAGUACAAGGAACUGACCGGGGAGCUAAUACCACACAAACAGAUGGGACACAACCACCUGGAUGCAAUGCUAGCUAGCAUGCCCUCGCUAGUACGUGUGGAGAGGAACUCCUCUGGAGAGACUGUGUGUUUUGCCUCGGGGGCUGGAGAGACGACCCAUGUAGCCAAAAUUGUAGCUCGCCAGCGCAGCGCCAAAAAGACGGGUCGACCCCACAUGGUGAACACCCAGAUGAGGGUGAAACCAGCAGCUCCACUCGUCCUGAAUGCUAAACCCCAGUCCUCCCUGAGGCAGCCCAACCAUCGGGGGCGAGGUGUGGGCAGAGGAGGGAGCGGGGGCCGAGGAGCCGGCCACGGAGACAUCAGACAGGCAAGAGACAUGAGGGAUGGCCAAUCAGAGGGCAACACGGGGACAUAUUCAAACAAGACGUCCAAUCAGAACACACCUUACAGGAAAGGGAACCCACCUGCAGAAAAGUCAGAAAAGAGGAUGACCCUCCCGACGAGGUUUCAGAAGGAGGUGCAUGCCCACCUCUCCAGAAACUCACAGCAGAUGGGUUCAGCCUUUAACUCACAUGAAAGCUUAGGGAAGGGAAAGCCCUACAACCCUCAGCAGGUCCAGACUCACAUCAAGGAGAUUCUGGAGAAGUACAGUAAUGGCUUCUGGGUUUCAAAGCUGCCACAGAUCUACAAAGAGCUGUACAAACAGGAGCUGCCUGCUGAGGCCAUGAAGGACCUGGAGGGAUGGACCAGCAUCUGCACCGUAGAGAAAACUUUCAGCAGCAACACCUCAGAGCUCUUACUGUACCCGGCCAAGGACCAGAACACCACCUCCUCCCCGUCACUCGCCCACGGCCCAAGCUCACCCUCCUCCUCCCCUGACCCUGCUUCCAACGCCCCCACAGACAAACAGACGUGCGUCGCUGUCCAGGAGGGACCCAUCAGCGCCCAUCAGAUUCACUCUCGCUAUUCUACUUCUCCACCUUCAUCCUCUCCGCCCCCCAGCUCCCCCUCCUCUCCCGCCACUCUCAGCCCGGACUUAAAGCUGAAACUGGAGGAGCUGCUAGUGAAGUACUCCAAUGGUCUGUGGGCCCAUGCCCUGCCAAAACUCUUCCAGGACACCUAUAAAAUCAAACUGCCCUCACAUGUGCUGGAGAACCUUCACCUCCUCUGUGACAUCUGCACCGUUGACUACCCGAUGCCCGACAACCCAAAGAAAGCCAUCCUGUACAGGAGGAGCAGCAGUGGGUGUGGAGGAGACGAGGAGAAGAACAGCAACAGGAGGAAAUCUGCACACAGCGAGGAAGAGCUAAAGGCGACACAUGAGCUAGAGAGGAGACAGAGUUCUCAAGCCAUGCCGACUCUUCAGAUCCCCAAAGAUGAAUACCCCUCUGUUCUGGUGGUGGAGGCGACCAACACCAACGCAGUCAUUAUAAGGUAUAUAGGUGAGGGUUACUCCCAAGCACAGGAGUCCAUGGAGGAUGAAAUGAGGGAGUUUUAUGGCAUGGACCAAAACAGUCCAGCUCACCUUUCAUCUCCAUCCUUGGGACAGCUUGUAGCUGUAAAGGCUGAGGAGGAGGAGGAGAUUCUGAGAGCGCUAGUUUGUGAGGUCACACCAGGGAAAGUCAAGGUCCAGUAUGUGGAUCAUGGCUUCUCAGAGAUGGUGUGUACCACUAAAGUUUAUGAGCUGCAUGAAAAGUUUUUCCAUCUGCCUUUCCAGGCAACGAAGUGUAAACUGGCAGGCCUUGAACCGUUCUGCCAGGAGCCUGUUGUGCUAAAGAAGUUUGAGCUGAUGGCGAGUGGACGAAUCCUAUUGGCUGAGAUCUUAGAGAGAGGCCAGACUCCUCUGGUUGUCCUGUAUGACACGUCGCAGGAUGAUGAUGUCAACAUCAACGCUGCGUGUAUGAAAGCCCUGCAGGACAAGACCCUCACCAGCCCUCUGCAGGUCAACAGUGCCUACAUGAAUGUGACUGUAGGCAGUGUCUGCUCAGACGGGACCAUCUACUGCCAGCUGCCCUCCAGAGGUCUGGCCAAGCUGAAUGAGAUUCUAGAGAAAAUAGACACAUACUUCCACUCACAGGUUACAUCAGAGUUUCUGGUAUCAAGACCCUUCUGUGGGAAAGGAUGUCUGGCUCGCUACAAAGGCAAAUGGUCCCGUGUGGAGAUCACUAAUCUCCAUGGCAGCAGAGUGCUGGACAUCCUGUUCAUUGAUGUGGGGGUCCAGGCCUCUGUAGAGGUGUUUGAGCUGAGAGAGAUACCACAAUCAUUUCUCCGUGACCUCAUGGCGAUCCCACCCCAGGCCGUGAAGUGCUGUCUAGCAGACCUGGCUGUCAGUGUUGGAUCCUGGACUCCAGACGCCGUCCAGUGGCUUCGGGAGAAAGUGCUCAACACUACAGACUGUAGCAUGAGGGUUGCGAAGGUUGAUGAAACCAAGCACUGCAUCUACAUCCACCUUUUCACCGACAAGAACUUCCAUGAUGAGGCCCGCAGCCUCAGCCGUCAGCUGGUUCAGUCCGAACUGUUCAAACAGAAACCAGAUGUGUUCCUGACAAGCCACAGCCCAGCAAAGGUAUCCACUCCCAGUUUAUCCUCCAAGGCUUCAGCUACCAGUGACCCAGCUAGUGGGAGUCCUGUGUCCUCUUCUGUGGCAGCAAAGCCUCACCUGAGGAGGGCUCUAUCCGGGCCCAGAGGGGGCGGGGGAGGUAGCACAACCACAUCAAGCCCAGCAGAGGCUCCACUAAUCCCAUCAUCCCCUCCCCAGCUUCCACCAUUACUAGAGCUACCUCUGGCAGGACACAACAUGGACGUCUACGUAUCUGUGGCCUGCCAUCCCGGCCAUUUUGUGCUGCAGCCCUGGAGAGAUAUGUACAAACUAGUGGUGCUGAUGGGAGAGAUGAUCCUCUACUACAACAAGACUGAAGAGAAACCACUCAGCAUCGAGAAACACCAGAUAUAUGCCGCUAAGGUGGAGAACAACUGGCAUCGUGUUUUGGUGAAAGGAGUGCUGACCAACGGCCUGGUGUCUGUGUACGAGCUGGACUAUGGCAAACAUGAGCUGGUGGACUGCAGCCAGCUCAGACCUCUGAUCAAAGAGUUCACACAGCUGCCGUUCCAGGGAAUCACGGCCCAGCUGGCUGGGGUGAAGCAGAGGCAGUGGUCAGAAGAAGCGUCCAUCGUCUUCAGGAACCACGUGGAGAAGAAGCCUCUGGUCGCCCAGCUGGAGGCCCUGCAGGAGGCUCCCUACCCCUGGGACAGGAGGGCCACGGUCUUCCUUGUGGACACGUCCCAGGAGGAGAGGGACAUCUGGGUGCACGACAUCAUGGCUGAAUUUGCUGAUGAGCUGACCCACGAGCUGUAGACGGCGUACUUUCAUCUGCAGGUCUGAUCUGUGGAGCAGCAGCCGUUAGCUUGAGGAGUCAGAGAAGAGUAGAGCUCAGACGUCUGAGAGGACUGACAGGAACGUGAACUACAGCAGUAGCUAGAGAGAGUAGGACAUGGAGUGGUUUGUGGUACUAGUAGGAGUUUUAGGCACUAGCUUCUCUUUUUGGGCUUAUAAAGAAUUUGUGAAGGCUGAAGUUUGACAAUGGGACCUUUGAAAGGUGUUGACUCACAAAUAUUCUCAGAGCAGAGCUGAAAACACCUGAAAACCUGCAGCCUGAGCACCGUUCGACUGUUUGAAUCAAUCAAAAAUACAUCAUGAAGAAUGAAACUGGCUUGUGAUUGUGAUUUGAGAGUUGUAAAGUUUACAGAGUUAACCCUGUCACUGCUGUACGGUUGUGAAGUUUGGUUAACCGUUUGAGCAAUCUUAGCUUUUGAACUGUGAAGUCUUUUAAAAAGUCAUUCCACGUUUCUAACUUUAGGAAUAACAUCCCAGAUUGUGAGUGCCGAGGGUUUACUGGAGGAGAUCCACAUGUCAGUUCUGACUGCAGUAACUCAAGGCUGCAGCUGCUAGCGCUACGAUGCUAGCUCUGUUAGAGCAGGGCUUCUCAAUGUUUCUGGACCCCCAGAAUAAAGGUUCUAGAGACCGGGGACCCCCACUGAACCUGAAGGUGGUUGAACUCAGCCGUGAACGUUCUAGAACAGUCGUGGAGACGAGGCUGAAAUAAAACGGAUUAAAACGCCAAAAACUGAUGGAAAAGGUCAAGAGAACCUGGACGCAACCGAGGACCUCCACCGGAAGUCGGAAAGUCACCGCCAUAUCUCGUCUUCUAAUACCAGAAGUCACUUGAACUGAACUUCUU